AUGAGCAAGAGAUAUUCGCGCGCUGAGUCAAAAUCCGAUUUGUUGGACUUUCUUGAUCGUGGACAAGCGGCAGCGCGUGAGAAUCGAUGGACGUUUGAAGUUGCAUGGGAAGCAGCCAAUAAAGUAGGCGGCAUUUAUACCGUCAUUCGUUCAAAGGCAUUCGUUUCCACCGAGGAAUUGGGCGAAUUUUAUUGUUUAUUUGGCCCAUACAAAGAGCAAUGUGCACGCACUGAAGUUGAAGAAUGUGAUUUUCCCACCGGUAAUCCAUUGCAAGGCGCUGUUAAUAAUUUACGUGCUCAAGGAUACAGGAUUGUAACAGGAAGAUGGUUGGUCGAUGGCAAUCCACAAAUCAUUCUGUUUGACAUCGGUUCGGCUGCUUGGAAAAUGGAUCAAUUCAAAAAAGAAUUGUGGGAAACUUCACACGUUGGAAUACCGCAUUUGGAUGUAGAAUCGAAUGAUGCCGUCAUAUUGGGCUACAUGAUUAGUGAUUUUUUUGUAGAAUUUAAUCAUUGUGUGAAAGGAUACACUGAACAAAAUGGAUAUGGUCCACCGAGAGUUGUCGCUCAGUUUCAUGAGUGGCAAGCGGGUGUUGGUCUGAUUGCUUGUCGAACAAGAGGAAUCGAAAUUGCCACUGUAUUCACAACGCAUGCAACUCUAUUGGGUCGCUAUUUGUGUGCUGGCAACACAGACUUUUAUAAUAAUCUCGAUAAAUUUUCGGUCGAUGAAGAAGCGGGAAAACGACAAAUCUAUCAUCGAUAUUGCAUCGAACGGGCUGCCACGCAUUUGGCACAUAUAUUCACGACGGUAUCUGAGAUCACCGGUUAUGAAUCUGAACAUUUAUUAAAGCGUAAACCGGACAUCAUCACACCAAAUGGUCUCAAUGUUAAAAAAUUCUCAGCCAUUCAUGAAUUCCAAAAUUUGCACGCCAUAUCGAAAGAGAAAAUUCACGAGUUCACGCGUGGUCAUUUCUAUGGUCACUUCAAUUUUGAUUUGGAUAAAACACUCUACCUAUUUAUUGCCGGUCGUUAUGAAUUUGGUAACAAGGGUGCAGAUGUGUUUAUUGAAUCGUUAGCUCGUUUGAAUCAUCUAUUGAAAAGCCAAUUACCGGACGUCACUGUAGUUGCAUUCUUAAUCUUUCCGACAAAAACUAACAAUUUCAAUGUUGAGAGUCUUCGUGGACAUGCAGUAACUAAACAACUACGCGAUACCAUAAACUCCAUACAACAAGAGAUUGGAAAACGCAUGUACAAUACAUGCCUUGGUGGUAACUUGCCGAACUCAUCUGAAUUACUUACAAAAGACGACAUUGUUAAAGUUAAGCGCUGUUUGUAUGCACUUCAACGUAAUGGACAUCCUCCCGUUACUACUCACAAUGUUGUUGACGAUUGGAAUGAUCCAGUGUUGUCAUCGGUGAGACGUUGUCAUUUGUUCAAUACAGUCCAUGAUCGCGUUAAAAUCGUUUUCCAUCCUGAAUUUUUGUCGUCGACGAAUCCACUCUUUGGUCUUGACUAUGAAGAAUUUGUGCGAGGUUGUCAUUUGGGUGUCUUUCCUUCAUAUUACGAACCAUGGGGAUACACGCCUGCGGAGUGCACAGUGAUGGGUAUUCCCAGCAUAACCACGAAUUUGUCUGGUUUUGGUUGUUUUAUGCAAGAGCACAUCGCCGAUCCGAAAUCCUAUGGUAUCUAUAUUGUUGAUCGAAGAUAUAUCGGUUUGGAUGAAAGUAUCAAUCAACUGUCUACAUUCAUGUUUGACUUUGCCAAGAUGAGCAGACGUCAGCGUAUCAUUCAAAGAAAUCGAACAGAGCGUUUGAGUGAUCUACUCGAUUGGAGAAAUUUGGGAAUUUACUAUCGCGAAGCACGUGUGAAAGCAUUACAAGCUGUUUAUCCAGAUUAUGUCGAUGAAAGUGGUUUAGACUAUGUGCAAAAUUUCAAUUAUCCACGUCCACUCAGUGCACCGCCAAGUCCUUCGUCUUCACGAGUCACCACACCACAUGGCUCACAACAUGGUUCUGAUGAUGAAGAUUCAGUUGACGAUGAACUUGAACUCAAAGAACUUGGAAUACAUAAUCAUCAUUAAAGAGUAGUUUAUUAAGUCCAAUGCGGAAACUGAAGGAAUCCUUGGCGCAAGCCUGAUAUUGGUUCAAAACUCACGUUAUAUACAAAUUGGAUGCAAAUUAGAAAAAUAUUUUUAAAAAUAGAAACAUUCGCGCUAUCGCUCGUUUGAACCAAUGUCAUUUACGUCAAAUAAAUAGAAAGUUUUCAAAAUCAGAUCCAAUAAAAUAACACUUUUUUAGUGAAAAAUAGAAAGAAUAAUUGUUACAUAUUCA